UGUCCCACCUCACUCACUAGUUCACUUCACCUCAUUGUGUUGUACUUGUGCCCAUUCUCAAAGGAUGAGAUAGAAGUGAGAGAGAGAGAGAGAGAGAGGAUAGAAAGAUAGCUCAAGAAACAUAAACAUAAACAGAAACUGAAAACUUAGAACAGAAAACACAAACCACACACUUAUACUAACAUAAUCAAUGCAACUUUAAAACCAUGUCAACAACUAUGUCUAUGUCUAUGGCUUCUUUUUCUCCUCUCACUAGAAUCUCAACCACUUAUUCUUCACUCUCCAAACCCCAUCAUCAUCCAAACCACAGCAACAAUCACUUUACUCUCACUCUCAGACCAAAGAAUCUUCCUUUAUUGUCCCUCUCUCCUUUGAGAGCUUCAGCUGGAACUUCUGAUUCAGCUGAAACUGCAGUGAAACCACCACCUGAGAAUAUCUCUGUUGGGACAAAUGGGUCUGCUUCUGCUGUUCCUGUUGCUGAGGAAGUUAAGGUUUCUAGUGCUUUUGUGGAUCCUAGAUGGGUUGCUGGGACUUGGGAUUUGAUGCAGUUUAGGAAAAAUGGUACCACUGAUUGGGAUGCUGUUAUUGAUGCUGAGGCAAGAAGAAGAAAAUGGCUCGAAACUAACCCAGAAUCAUCCAGCAAUGACAACCCUGUAGUGUUUGACACCUCAAUCGUACCUUGGUGGGCAUGGAUUAAAAGGUUCCAUCUCCCUGAAGCUGAACUACUUAAUGGUCGCGCCGCAAUGAUAGGAUUCUUUAUGACAUAUCUGGUUGAUAGCUUGACAGGAGUAGGUCUUGUUGACCAAAUGAACAACUUCUUUUGCAAAACUCUUCUCUUCGUAGCAGUGGGGGGAGUACUUCUCAUCAGGAAGAAUGAGGAUGUUGAUACUUUUAAGAAAUUAUUGGAGGAGACUACAUUUUAUGACAAGCAAUGGCAAGCAACUUGGCAGGAUGAGAACUCAAGCACUUCCAGAAAAGAUUAGUGGGAUUGUUGUCAUGUGCUUCUCUCCUACCACAUUUUGUCUCUUAAUAUAGUGUACCGUAUUAUUAAUCUUGCUAGUGCAGACACAAGAAAUGAAUAUGAUUUAGACAUUGUAUUUCAAUUCAUUUUAUGCAAAAUGAUACAGAGAGUUUUUGUAUGUUCGCAAUGUAGGAUAUUUCUUAAGUGAAUGUGAAAUUGGGUGACUCUCUUAA